AUGCCAUUUCUGAUUCCUGCCUUACUGUCGGGGGUUUGCGAUGCUCUAAUUUUGGUUUUGCAAGAGCAUCGGCUGGAGACGCUUUGGCUUUUGGAAGAUGAGUCCGCAUCAUUAUUACUGGACAAUAACAAUGGCACCUCCAAUGAAACCUACUACAAUCCACACCAUCAUCAUCGUCAUCACUAUGAUACCAAUCUGGAAGAAUCUUUAUCUGCAUCAUCUCUGGCGUCCAUAACGGUUCAUCGAGUGCAGUACUUGGCCAUUAUUGCCGUGGUUCGGUUACUGCUCUUGCUGUUCCCCUUGCCCUACCAUUCCUACACGGGAACCGCCAUUCGAUUUCCCGUGUUCUACCAUUAUCUGUAUGGCAUGACACUCGCAGCUGUGAUACUUCAUAUGCUGGCAUUGAGCAUGAUUGAUCCAGAUAGUUUGGCCACUCUGGCGGGUAUACACCAUCGCAAAGAAGGGACUCUGCCUCCUGAGGAAGAUUCGGAGGAUUUAUGGCAACAAGAAACAGAACUGGCCACACAGGAUAUGCUCAAUCGAAGCUGUUGGUGGAUUCUGUUCCUCUCUCUUAUCAGUGUUUGCAGUCACAUUGUCAUGCUCAUUCAUGUCCGAUCCACAGCACCUUCACCAUCCUACUUUUCCUUCUCGGGAGGCAAGAAGAAGAAAUUGGUAUACUACUACAAUCAAUGGAGAAACGUCAACAGCAGCAAUACUUCUCAACUAGAUCCAGAACAACCACAACCAUUACUUUCACAACAACCAACUGAGGAAGAAGGAAGAAAUCCAGUCGUCCCCAUGACACCGGAAAAUAAUGGCAACAACCUCAAGCGAGACAUUCCCACCAGUCCCAUUCAUAAGCUUUCCUCACAAUACGACGAAUUCAUGUCCGAAAUGCAAAAUCAAAUAUCCGGUCUCAAGAAAGAUUGGACGCACAAACUCGAUGAUUUCACACAACGACAUUUGAGGAGCCUCAGCGGUGGUGCGGGAGGAAGCAGAAAUGCAAUGCAACACAAUCCACUCUUGCCAUUGACGCCCUUUCGCGUAUUAUUGCAGCUAUUUGCCUACGAAGAUGUCAUUGACAGUGGAAAACUCGAUGCUGUCUUUGACAUGGAUCAAGGCCAAUCAUUGACGUUCUUUGUACCACAGUUAUUAUCGUUUUUGCUACAUGGAGCCUACUACGAAGCGGAUCCCACCAAAUUGGAACAAUGGAUUCUGGACAAGUGUGAGAGGCAUGCUCAUUUUGCACACAGAUGCUACUGGUUCUUGAGGGCCUGGUCGCUCGAACAGCCGGCGUAUCAUCCGACGACCAACAACUCGACAUCGCCAUUUCAACAAUAUUCACCUGGGAAUUCCACGGCAUCACUGCAGCAGCAAGGCACAACGCCAAGCAACAACAAUCAUCAGCAUAGAAGGAAUCAAUCCUCCGAAGAAGAUGCCGCAUUUAUUCUGUCCACACCACCACCAACUGAUGCAGGCCGGCGAUCCAGAAGCAGUUCCUUUGCCUCGAUCGGAGGGGCAGUGGGCAAUGCGACUCAUCAGAAACUCUUGCCGGAAGAACGAGCCGUCGUGGAAGGCCUCUUGUUGAAGGUCGUGCAGAAAGGGGGGGCGGCGGCACGAAUAUUGCAAUACGGGAGACCCAACCACAAAGUCACCGAUGAAAGGAAUGGCGGAACCCCCCAAAAGAACGGAAAGAAAAAGAGACGAGGCAAGAGAGACAAGGUCGUGCCACGAAACGGAACGAGCAAACCAGAAACACAACAACAACAAGCCAAUCCAGGAGAACCGAUUCCAGCGGGCAUCUUCUGGGACGAGGAUGUUUGCAUCGGUAGCGACAAAAACUACAAAGAUGACACGGACUUGGAAGAGAACCAGCCAAUGUCUUCCACUUCCCUGGUCUCGGAACUGGUCUUGACGCCCGAAAUGGAAGCGUCUUUGCCAGUAGAUCCCAAUACAGGAUUCCCUUCACAUCGGCAUCUCGAUGCCCUGAUGGUAUCGCACCGCUAUGGAUUUGUGCCACUGGUAACUGCCAAGCGAGAGCGAGAGCAGUCCAUGGUGCCUACUAGCACUCCAGCGUCGUCAGACUCGUUUCAAGCAACCCCGAGAUUUCUGGAUGCGCUGCUGUCUAUGGCGGAUGGACUGUUUCUGGUACCGCGGGAGCAACGAAAACGGGAACUGCGGCGACAAUUGCAAAAUAUAGAAGUGGAGAUGCUGCCAUCCAAUGCUGUUUAUGUUCCCAUUUCAAAUGUCUAUCAUCGAGUAUGGAGAAUCGUUUCCGAAGAAAGCAUUGCUUUGAACACUAAAGAACGCGUACCUUGCAUUAUUCUCUUGGAGGUGGUGGACUACGAAAAUGACUUGCAACGCAAGGUCGACAAAGCGAACAUAUCUGACGACGAGGAAAGCACCGACGAACUAGAUGAUGUUACAGAACCAUGGGACAGCAAGAGAAGUAAAGAGAAACGGACCCUGGAGCUACCGAAACUUGGGAUAGCAAAAAAAAAGACGAGGAAAGCUGACGCCCCGAUCAGUGACAGCAACAACUUGCAGGCACCAACCUUGCCAGGUUCGGCUGCUUCGGCCUUUUCGUUGCCCUAUUAUACCUUGAUGGGCGGAAUGACCGAGGCCGAAAUCGUCAAUCACUGGAGAUUCGCGAAGCGAGACCCACACCGUGGUGAAUCUAUCCUCGAUAAAAUCGCGCUGCCAUUGGAUAUGAAUCGCAUGAAAGAGAAGAUUCACCAGCUACGAGACAAACAAGAGGCGAUCCUUCACGAUUUAUUGCAUAUGACCAUGCCGGAUGAUCAGAAGCACAACGCUGGGAAACAAAGCGCUGUCGAACAGCCAGACCAUACUUCGGCCUCUCUCGAACAUGAUACAGAGGUUGCGGCUUUUCUAUGCAAUGAUGCGUACGAAGGGACAAAGAUGCUUGGGAGAUCCGCCGUCACAACAGAACAGGAUGAACAUGCUCGAGAUCUUUCGCCCGACAGACAUCCCACGCCUGCUUCCAUGGGUCAGUGGUCAUCUCCGAUAUCUGGUCGUCGCCGCACCAUUCUUCUAGACGACCUUGAAACUGUCGUGGCGGGGAAUAGCAGUGGACAAGACAACGACAACCUGACACCUGCUGCAUAUGGAUCCACCUACCAGGGAAGGGGGAAGGGAAAUGGCACGAAUGGACUUCCGCCUCGACCAGAUUCUCGAGUGGGCGACACCACGGACUCCCCCAAUCGAGGUGCAAAAUACACCAGCGCUAAGAACCAGCCGCAUAAGGUCAUCUUUCGAGAAAACUGGCAAGCAAAAGAAGAGAGGUUGCGCAAGAAAUCCGCUUUCGGAACUCAUCGAGGAUGGCGGGUGCUGCCGAUUCUUGUUAAGGCCAACGAUGACCUGCGGCAGGAGCAGUUGGCUUCGCAGCUGAUCCAGCGCAUGGCCUUUAUCCUAGCUCGGGAACGGGUGCCUGUGUGGCUAUGCCCUUACGAGAUCAUUGCCAUCACCGACACAGGAGGCAUCAUGGAAGCGAUUCCCGACACGAUAUCGCUGGAUUCACUGAAGCGAAACGACCCAAACUUUAUCGAUCUCAAGGCGUUCUUUCAUUCCUUUUUUGGCGACAACAUUGAGGACCUCGCGGAUGCCAAAUCCAACUUUGUGGAGAGUUUGGCUGCUUAUUCUAUCGUCACCUUCCUUUUGCAAAUCAAGGACAGACACAAUGGGAACAUUCUGUUGGACAAUCGCGGUCACAUCAUCCACAUCGACUUUGGCUUUUUCUUUCUGUCGUCACCAGGAAAGAAUACUGGCUUUGAAAGUGCUCCUUUCAAGCUGACGAGGGAUUUCGUGGAAGUAUUGGGUGGACCCGACAGCCACGCAUUCCGCACAUUCCGAGAGCUCUGCGUUCGAUCCUUCCUUGUGUUGCGACGUCAUUGCAUGGAAAUCAUCUUGUUGGUGGAAAUGCUGAAAGCAGGCAACGAGGAUUUAGCUUGUUUUCGUGGGCGUCCCGAUGACGCGAUCAAAGGUUUGAGAGAACGCUUUCGCUUGGAUCUGAGCGACCGAGCUUGUAGAGAAUACGUCCACGCUCUGAUUGAUGAAAGUCUCGAGAACUGGAGGACCAACUGGUACGACAGAUAUCAGAAGUAUUGUGUCGGUGUUUUGUAG